UUGUCUUAGAGAACGCGUCAGAUUUUACAUAAGAAUGUAUUCUAUUGUUAUUGUUUUAUUUUUUUUUGGUUUACCUGUAACCGUGAUCUAUAUAUUCCUUAUCUGGAAUUUUAACUACUGGAAAAGUCGCGGCAUUAAAACUGCAGAAUCCCGACCCUUUGUGGGCAGCUUCCCCAGCAAAUUCAACAAAAAAAGAAAUUAUGCAUAUGACAUCGAUGAUAUAUAUCAAAAACAUAAGGGCACUGAUAAUAUUGUGGGUGUCAUCAAUACUCGUUUGCCGCAGCUGCUCAUCACAAGCCCUGAAUAUGCUCAUAAAAUUUUUGUCUCGGAUUUCCGAAGCUUUCACGAUAAUGAAACUUCCAAAUCUGUCAACAAAAAUGUGGAUACCAUUUUGGGAAACAAUCCUUUCGUAUUAACGGGCGACGACUGGAAGGAGCGGCGAGCUGAGAUUACACCUGGACUAAGUGCUAACCGAGUCAGUUCUGUGUAUCCUGUAACGCAAAACGUAUGCCGCCAGUUUGUGGACUAUAUCAAGCGCCAACAACGCAUCAGCUCAUCGGAUGGUCUAAAUGGCAAGGAUCUGUGUCUCUGCUACACCACCGAAGUGGUGGCCAGUUGUGUCCUGGGCAUUAGCGCCAAAAGUUUCACUGAAAAUCCUACUCCCUUAAUGACUAUGACUAAACGUGUGUUUGAGCAGUCUUCAGUCUUUUAUUAUUUUGCAAUGGUCGCCAAUCUUUGGCCAUCGAUAAGAAAAUUCUAUAAUGUUAAACUUUUUGUCAAAGAAGUUGAACAAUUUUUUUUCGACUUGAUGCAGCGGUGCCUUGAUCUGCGUCGUCAGGAUCCGGCGUUACAAGAUCGUCCUGAUUUCCUUAAUUAUAUGCUGCACUUGCAGGAUAAGAAGGGUUUGAAUACUUUAGAAGUGACUACGCAUACGAUGACAUUUCUUACUGACGGGUUUGAGACAACUGCUCUAGUGUUAUCUCACGCAUUGUUGCUGUUGGGACGUUAUCCCGCGAAACAACAGAAUCUACGAGACGAAAUAGGAAAGAAUAACUUGACGUUUGAACAACUUAGUGCCCUGCCACUUCUAGAUGCUUGUAUAAAUGAAACCCUUCGCCUAUUUCCCCCUCUUCUAUCUGCCCGCAAAAUAGUAACCGAAACCUAUGAUUUCGUCAAUAAGAAUGGUGUCCGGGUACGUGUGGAACCUGGUGACAUUGUCAUUAUUCCAGUUCGUUCGUUACACUAUGAUCCAGAGUACUAUGACGACCCCGAAGAAUUCAAGCCCGAGCGUUUUUUGCACAUUAACGGUGGUGUCCGAAAGUACAUAGAUCAAGGGGUCUUCUUUGGCUUCGGUGACGGGCCAAGAAUAUGUCCAGGCAUGCGUUUUGCUUUAACACAAGUGAAGGCAGCUUUGGUAGAAAUUUUACAGAAUUUCAUUAUACAAGUUAGUCCAAAGACCCGCGAGGAUAAUGCCUUACACAAUACUUAUUUUAUGGCCAUGCUAAAGGAUGGAAUUUGGUUGAACUUUGAAGAUAUCCAAUGCACCUAAGUGUGCAUCAAUUAUUGAGCAGAAAUUAGCAUGAUUUCAAAUUUGAAUAAUUGCAUUGACAUGUGGUUUCAGCUUGAGCUAAGCUAGAAAAUAAAUAAAGCUUCAUCACUGAA